GUGUCCGCCCUGAAGCAAAUAUCACAGUAGUGUGUGAAAUGCGCUGCUGAAUGUCCUUCUACGGCUCUUUGGAUGCGCAAUGUGCAUUAGUAGCUUUUGGAUGAUUCUAUGAUUUAUUGUGUUAGGUAUCUUUUUUAUCCAUAAAAAGGUUAGCAAUCUCUUGAAUACACGGUUAGGCAGCUUUUAGUAGUCCAUCGGAGACCGUUGACUGAGUGAUCUGACAGCCAGGCCGGAUUGAAGCCAGCAGUAGCUGUCAGUGCGCGAAUCAAAGUUCCUAGCUGGCUAACUAGCAUGUUCGGCUUGUGGGGUUGGUCAGCAAUCAGGACUGGUUUGUAAUAUUCCAUUCGCAGCCAAAACCGAAGAGACCUUAUUGAUGUUAAAGGUUUGCACGGAUCGAGAAACAUGGUGCCUUUGGAUAAGUGAAGAAGAGAGACAGGGCACCAAAACCAGUGUGGACAGGACUCCGGUACACUGGUUGCGGCUACAGUCUGAAGCUGAACCAGAGGGACCCACCCAGACUCAGAAGUGGCUGACCACAGCCCAAUUUCGAACAGGCACUGUGCUGGCUGGCUGGCUGGUCUCAGAGCAGAACAGAGAAGGAAGCCCCUGAGGAGGUUGAUGUAAAGGGGUUGUUUGAGGCUCUGUGGGCAUUCUACUGAAAUGUCAAUCAGAAGAGCAGAAGGGAUGUCCAUCGCCCAGGCCUUGGCCAUGACUGUGGCCGAGAUCCCCGUGUUUCUCUACUCCACCUUUGGGCAGUCCAUAUUCUCUCAGCUGAAGCUUUCUCCCAGUCUGAAGAAGGUGCUGUUUGCCACAGCUCUGGGGAGCGUAGCCCUGGCCCUCACCGCCCACCACAUGAAGAGACGCGGCAGGAAACGGAAACAGGCAACAGCUGUGAAAGAUGAGCAGAAGCAGGUGGGAAUACCAGAGGCGUUGAUCCGGUCAGGGAAACAGUCAUCUCUGAGGAGAGGUGGUCCGUUUCCCGGGCGACAGAUGAUGAGCCCCAGCACACGGAGCAAUGAAACCAUGAGCGGCAUCUCUUCACUGGCUCCCAGCAAACACUCAAGCUCCUCCCACAGCAUAGCCUCUAUGCGAGUCCCGACUUCUCCGAACCAGACGGCCAAUCCGUCGACUCCCUGGGAGUCAGAGCCUGUGGAGGAGGAGUCGGGAGCCAUGGGGGACGCAAACGCAGAGAACCUGUACAUCAUUGGUAUGGAGUUGUUUGAGGAGGCCCUUCAGAAGUGGGAGCAGGCCCUGAACAUCCGGCACCACACCCACUCCAAUGCCUCCAAAGCCAGUACCAGCCUAGCCCUGGAGGGGGCAGCGGCCGACCCCAACCUGCCCACGGUAUGCCACAGAACUAUCGCACUCUCAACGUCUGAAUCGCGUAACAAGGUCUUUGCCGAGAAGCUGGAGACCCUCCUUCACAGGGCCUACCACCUACAGGAGGACUUUGGCGCCACUAUUCCCCCAGAUAGCCUGCUGGCAGACUUUGAGAGUGAGGGAACACUCAUCCUGCCAAACUUGGAGAGUAGAAUGCGUGAAGACGAUGCCACUACAAUCACUUCUGACGAUUCCUUCUUCUCAGCAGCAGAAUUGUUUGACAACCUAUCUCUGGAGGUGUGUCAGCCUCUGAGGCCCGCUGCUCUUUACGACGAGGCUGUGUCACUGGUCCAGCACGGCAGCGUGCCCUGUCGAGAGCUCCGAACUGAGCUGCUAGAAUGCUACGGUGACCAAGACUUCCUAGCCAAGCUCCACUGUGUGAGACAAGCCUUCCAGGUUUUGUUGUUGGACGAAACUCACCGGACGUUCUUCAUGGAGACCGGCAAGCAGAUGAUCACAGGACUCAUGACCAAGGCAAACAAGAGUCCCAAAGCCUUCCUGGAAACCUAUGAGGACAUGCUUCUCUACACCCAGAGAGAGGAGACCUGGCCAGUCAGCAGGAUGGAACUGGAGGGGCGAGGGGUGGUGGUUAUGAACUUCUUUGACAUCGUGCUGGACUUCAUCCUGAUGGAUGCCUUUGAUGACCUGGAGAGCCCGCCCUCGUCCGUUGUGGCCGUGCUCAGGAACCGUUGGCUCUCUGACAGCUUCAAGGAGACGGCCCUGGCUACUGCGUGCUGGUCCGUUCUGAAGGCCAAGCGGCGUCUGUUGAUGGUUCCAGACGGCUUCAUCUCCCACUUCUACGCCAUAUCAGAACAGGUCAGCCCCGUCCUGGCCUUUGGCUUCCUGGGGCCCCGACAGCACCUCAGUGAGGUGUGCACCAUCUUCAAGCAACAAAUAGUGCAGUACCUGAAAGAUAUGUUUGACCACGACAAGGUGCGCUUCACCUCGGCCCAGUCGUUAGCCGAGGACAUCCUGAGCCUGUCCCACCGCCGCAGUGACAUCCUGCUGGGCUACCUUGGCAUUGACAGCCUGCUGGAGCCCAAUGGAGCCCUACCCCAAGGAGACACAGAACCGGGCCCCAGCCCCUCCAACCACCACUGAGACAUGAGUAGUGUUCAUUUGGGAUGUUAUGAAACGGGGAGGUAGUACAUGAAUUUGUCCAAUAAGAACAUUGAUUUUCAUUUUCAGUUAGAAAGUGAUUUGCUACUGUGUGGCAUAAUGAAUAUGACCCUGUAUCUGACUUAGCUGAGCUGGAAUGGACUGGGUUGGUCAAAGCCGGACUUAACAAGCAAGAUUUAGGAGGGUUGUUAAUUCACAUGCUUGAACUGCAGCAUCACCCAGUCAGUCUGUGGUUCUACACCCUAAACAUAACAGCCACCAAAUCGAACAGAACCCGACUUGUAUUGGUCCUUACGUGAAAGAGGGAUGUUUUUGUUCUAGCUCUCCUCGUACAUUUUAUCAUCUGAGUUGAAUCUGGAGUUGUUCAUCAGUCAAUACUAGUUAUCCCUUUUUCCAAAUGUGUGAUGAACCAACAACCAUCCGGCAAGAAAAUGUUUGUUGUCUCUAUGUAAUGGAUGUACAGUAAGUGUGUGUGUUCUGAGGCAGGUGAUCCGAACCGAUCCCCUCUAUUGUCCCGACACCCUUGGCCAAUUUGAAGGCGUGCCCUGGGACGUGAUGCUGCAGGACUCGUUGCUUCCGUCUCUAUCCAUUGAUUGAUCAUCCCUUUCAUUUAUCGUAUUUAUUCCAAUAGUGUUAGGUGCCGCAUUAAUGAAAAAAAAAGCACCUGUUCAUUCAAGAGAAUGUGUAAUACAAAUGUCUAAUACUGUACAUAAGGUCAGGCAGGGCAUUGGACAGUCAUUAACUUGUAUGUACAGAAAAAGUGCACAGAUAUUCCUAUCUUGUCCUCAUACUUAAAAUGGUCAGUAUCGAGGUACUGUGGGGGUAAAAAAAGAUGCCAAGCAGGGGCAUACCACCCCAGAAAUCCUAAUAAUAUACUGUAGCAUAUACCUCGGUGACGUGUGACAAUGCAGGCUGAAUUUAGGUUACGCUUGGAGAACAGGAAAUACACUACCUUUCAAAAGUUUGGGGUCACUUAGUAAUGUCCUUGUUUUUGAAAGACAAGCACUUUUUUGUUUCCAUUAAAAUAACAUCAAAUUGAUCAGAAAUACAAUGUAGACAUUUAAUGUUGUAAAUGACUAUUGUAGCUGGAAUCGGCUGGUUUUUAUUGGAAUAUCUACAUAAGCGUACAGACGCCCAUUAAUAAUAAUAAUAAUAAUAUGCCAUUUAGCAGACGCUUUUAUCCAAAGCGACUUAGUCAUGUGUGCAUACAUUCUACGUAUGGGUGGUCCUGGGAAUCGAACCCACUACCCUGGCGUUACAAGCGCCAUGCUCUACCAACUGAGCUACAGAAGGACCACACCAUUCUCAGCAACCAUCACUCCUGUGUUCCAAUGGCACGUUAGCUAAUCCAAGUGUAUUAUUUUAAAAGGCUAAUUGAUCAUUAGAAAACCCUUUUGCAAUGAUGUUAGCACAGCUGAAAACUGUUGUGCUGAUUUAAAGAAGGAAUUAAACUGGCCUUCUUUAGACUAGUUGAAUAUCUGGAGCAUCAGCAUUUUUGGGUUCGAUUACAGGCUCAACAGUGAAGAGGUGACUCCGUGAUGCUGGCCUUCUAGGCAACGUUCCUCUGUCCAGUGUCUGUUCUUUUGCCCAUCUUUUCUUUUUAUUGGCCAGUCUAGGAUAUGGCUUUUUGUUUGCCACUCUGCCUAGAAGGCCAGCAUCCCGGAGUCACCUCUUCGCUGUUGACGUUGAGACUGGUGUUUUGCGGGUACUAUUUAAUGAAGCUGCCAGUUGAGGACUUGUGCGGCGUCUGUUUCUCAAACUAGACACUAAUGUACUUGUCCUCUUGCUCAGUUGUGCACCGGGGACUCCCACUCCUCUUUCUAUUCUGGUUAGGGCCAGUUUGCGCUGUUCUGGGACGGGAGUAGUACACAGCUCUGUCUGAGAUCUUCAGUUUCUUGGCAAUUUCUCGAUUGGAAUAGCCUUAAUUUCUCAGAACAAGAAUAGGCUGACGAGUUUCAGAAUAAAGGUCUUUGUUUCUGGCCAUUUUGAGCCUGUAAUCGAACCCACAAAUGCUCCAGAUACCCAACUAGUCUAAAGAAGGCCAGUUUUAUUGCUUCUUUAAUCAGAACAGUUUUCAGCUGUGCUAACAUAAUUGCCAAAGUUUUUUCUACUGACCAAUUAGCCUUUUAAAAUUAUAAACUUUGAUUGCCAUUGGAUUGCCAUUGAAACACAGGAGUGAUGGUUGCUGAUAAUGGGCCUCUGUAGAUAUUCCAUUAAAAAUCAGCUGUUUCCAGCUACAAUAUUCAUUUACAACAUUAACAAUGUCUACACUGUAUUUCUGAUCAAAUGUAUGUUAUUUUAAUGGACAAAAACCAUUUCUUUCAAAAAUAAGGACAUUUCUAAGUGGCCCUAAACUUUUGAAUGGUGGUGUAGGAUAUCAUGAACUGCUUUGCCAGUUCUGAUGAUUGUUGUCGAGUUGUGUGUCUGCAUUAGUGUGUGAGUAUACGAUCGAGUGAAAUUCUUAUUGUCUGUAAUCACGCUUUGUCUGUAAAAAAAAAAAACAGUGAUACCGGUAUUUACCGCACUUUAACGGAGCAGGAUGAGAUUUUUUUUAAAUGCAUUUCCGCUGUUUUUGAGAAAAGCAUUGUUUCUGAAUAGCACUUCCCACUAAUAUUCCCACAUGCCCUCAACAAAAGACAGGAGCGAUACUACCUUACAUGUUUGAAUUCACAGCUACCUUGUACUGAGCUCUGUCACACAUUUUGUUGAAAUGGGGAUUGUCAAUGUACAUUCAAAUGUUGUGGUAUAGUAUGCGGUUAUUGUGAUCUUGAUAUAAGAGUUCAGUAUAUUGUAGCUGUGUAUUCAGAAUCUGCUUUGGGGCUGUCUUGUUAGCCUGGAAUCCAAACUGUGAAAUCCAUAUACAAAAGUAUGUGGACACACCUUCAAAUUAGUGGAUUUGGCUAUUUUAACCACACUCGUUGUUAACCUGUGUAUAAAAUUGAGGACACAGCCAUGCAAUCUCCAUAGACAAAAAAUGGCAGUAGAAUGGCCCAUAAGGAAGAGCUCCAUGACUUUCAAUGAGGCGCUGUACUAGGAUGCCACCUUUUCAACAAGUCAGUUUGUCAGAUUUCUGCCCUGCUCGAGCUGCCCUUGUCAACUGCAAAUGCUGUUAUUGUGGAGUGGAAAUGUCUAGGAGCAACAACUGCUCAGCCGAGAAGUAGUAGGCCACACAAGCCCACAGAACGGGUCCGGCGAGUGCUAAAGUGUGUAAAAAAUAGUCUGUCCUCGGUUGGAAUGAGAUGUUCAAGCAUGUAGUGUAUAUUGGUGAAGUGAAACGGAACAUAUCACUUUGGAUUCCAGGCUUCCAAUUGGCUCAUUCAUCCCACCUCUUCUUCCCCAGAUCUUUGCUGUAAAUGAGAUUGUGGUCUCGGUCAACUUACCUGGUAAAAGAAGGGUUAAAUAAAAAUCUAAGUCUAACUUAAUACCCAUUACUGUUUAUGGAGCUUUUUCUAGUAACCAGUAGAGUUUAAACUUUCUUUUUUUGGCACAUGAAAGAUCCUUCCUUUGCACUAUAUUGGAAAACAUACAUUAACGCUCUUUUAACCCUUUAUUUUGUUAAUCAAUAGUUGGAUAGGUCAUUGGUAGGUCUAGUUUUAAAAUGUUCUUGCGCCAUGAAAUGUACUGAUGUUAUUGGAUAUAUUUUAGCAUGAGUAAAUGACAGCAAGUUUGAGGCUUUUCCCCUAGAAAUGGCAUUAUUGAAUACCCAUUGUAAGACUGGCAGACAUUGUGCCAGAUGACGUAUUAGAUUGAAUUCUUGGUUUUUUUGUACAUGUGAUUUGUUGGUCUAAUUUGGGCAAAUUAUCUCGCAGACCUACAUUUGAAUCAGAUAUUUCUAUUGUGUCACUCAGUUGAUUUGAGUAACAAAUGAAAACUGCCCUGCCUAUUUUGGGAUCUCCUAGGCUCCAGUUACUAUGAAAAGUAUAUGAAUUGAUCAAUACGUAUCACAUCCCAAUGGGAGAUUAAUGUAAUAGUUAUGCGUUACUGCUCGGAUGCCCAAAUGGUGGCCUUUGGGUUGUGAGAUUAGUUGACUUUUCCUUCUCGGUUGAACCAACAAUCGAUCUAUAUGUAGUAUCAGAAUUGCACUAUCCUCAACAGCCUUUGCAUGUGGACUCUUGUCAUACCUGUACUGCUUUUUGCAUCUUGUUAAUGUGUCCCAUCAGUUAGCAUAGUGUUGGAUUGCAUUAGAUGCCCUGUGACUUCCUUUUUAAUGAUCAAUUAAUCUUAAUUACCAAUAAUUGUGGUAUCAAAACUAGGAAAAUGUCAAUGCGGAUUUAGUGAAUGAUUAACUGCUUAAUACUGUUUACUCUGUACUGUAUGGAUUAUACUUCAAAAUUCAGCUGUAGGAACUCUUAUGUAAGCUGAUGAGACAGGCCAGUUAACUCUUUGCUUAUUCAAUCUUUUAAGUCUGCAUUAUGCAACAUUAGUAGGUUUAUGAUUUCAAAAUGGCCAAAGAGGAGAGAAACUUCUUACUCAGUUAAGUAUGAUGAAAUGACUUGUUGUACACUACAAGUGUCCUAUUCAUGCCUUGUGUCUUUUUUUAUUGUUGUGAAAUUACAAUGCCAGCACAAACUGAAAGUUUUAGAAUCUGCAUAUUUUUUUGUUUAUUCUUAUUAAAUUCUUUCAAUUAGACUUUUCCCUAUCAAAUAAAUUGUGACUGUCUUUGG